AUGAGCGACUCACAGGACUUAGACAAGCUGCUGAGCAAGCUCACUCGUGAGGAGAAGAUCUCUCUACUGGCAGCAGCCGACUGGUGGCGCACGCGAGUCAUAAAGCGCGAUGAUGUCUUCGUUCCACACGUCAAGUUCACAGAUGGUCCCAACGGUGCGCGAGGGGGGAGCUAUGUCAGUGGCAUCAAAGCUGCCUGCUUCCCCUGCGGCACCAGCCUUGGGGCGACCUUUGACCGCGAGCUGCUCUUCCGCACAGGAAAGGAGAUCGCCCGCGAAGCUCAGACAAAAGCCGCGAAUGUCCUACUCGCUCCUACCAUGAAUGUCAUACGUUCCCCUCGAGGGGGGCGGAAUUAUGAGACUUACUCCGAGGACCCCUUCGUGCUGGGAGCUCUGGCGGCAGCCUUUGUCAAUGGUUGCCAGUCCAUUGGUAUUGCCGCCACUCCGAAGCACUAUGUGGCCAACGACACCGAGAACAACCGCAGAACUCUAACCGCCGAAAUUGACGAGCAAACUCUUCGAGAGAUCUACAUGCUUCCGUUUCAAUUACUGAUGAGAUGGGCUAAGCCACUUUGUUUCAUGGCCAGCUAUAACCGCGUGAAUGGGACAUAUGUUGCUGAUAGUCCCCAACUAGUCAAUCAGGUCCUGCGAGACGAAUGGGGCUUUGAUGGUGUCGUUGUCUCAGAUUGGAUGGGAGUUUACUCUACUGCAGACAGCAUAAAUGCAGGGGUGGACUUGGAAAUGCCCGGGCCAACGAGAUGGCGCGGGGAGAAGCUCGCGCGAGCGGUAAAUGAUGGGCAGGUAGCUGAGCAGGUCGUCGACGAGUCAGCCCGCAGAAUCUUGCAGCUUGCUUGUCGUCUCAAGAGGUUCGAGCAUCCCGAGGAACCACCCGAAGAUGCAGUCGAGAACCUUGACAGAGAUGAGUUUAUCUGUGACAGUGGUGCAGAGGGUAUGGUUCUCUUAAAGAACGAAAAUAUUCUUCCACUGCCAAAGGGUGUCACAGUGGCUUUAAUAGGACACCACGCUAUGGAAGCCAGUCUUGGUGGAGGAGGGAGUGCCCGGGUAGAUUCCCUGCACGCUGUCUCUCCCAUAGAGGGGCUCGGUAAAGCUGGCUUUCAAGUCAAGGCUGUGCCUGGAGUCCCAGUAUUUGGUUCCCUGCCGCAUGCUGAUCCUUCAAUCAUGUUUUCCUCAGAUACUAAGAUGCAGGCGAAGGAGCCAGUGAAGCUGGAAUGGUUCAAUGGCCAUGUGAUUGGUAAGAACCCGGUCUUUUCAGAGACCAAAGAGCAGGCAGAGUACAUGAUCAAGGAGAAAUGGCCGGACUACCUCGGCCAAGACUACUGCACCCGAAUGACUUUUGGUAUUCGUCCGUUAACGUCUGGGGAGCACAUCUUGUCUAUCAUUUCGACCGGGCCUGCAGUCUGUUAUAUCAAUGAUGAAAAGGUUUUUGAGAGACCUCAAGAAGCCGACUUGCGUCCAGAAUCUUUCUACUUUUUCAAAUCGAAGUUGGAGCGACGGUUUACCUACUCAAUGCAAGCAGGUCAAUCAUACACGCUAAUGCUGGAAUCGUGGAAUACCGAUCCUCUUAUUCUCUAUGCCAAGCCCCUCUUCGGUCGAAUGUUCCAAGGGUCCGCUCUGCGGUUUCAUGAGUUUAUCGAUAUCCCCAGCAGAAUUCAAGAUGCGCGUACAGUAGCACAGGAAGUGAAGUAUGCCAUCGUCUGCGUGGGAACGACCAACGAGAUUGAAUCUGAAGGAUUCGAUCGGGAGUCUAUGGAUCUGUCGUCCCUUCAGUACGAGCAGAUCGCCGCUGUCGCUGCGGUAAACCCUCGCACAAUCGUGGUCAAUUUCAGCGGAGGACCCGUUGGGCUCACCCAGUUUAUAGAUUCCGUGCCAGCAGUUGUGCAAGCAUGGUUUCCAGGUCAAGAAGCUGGUCGUUCAUUGGCACGCGUGCUCGGCGGAGACACGAACCCCGGCGGUCGUCUCCCCUUCUCGUGGCCACGUCGAGAUGAAGACAAUCCCAGCUUUGCCAACUUCCCGUGCGACGAGAACAACGUGGUCCGAUACGCCGAAGGGCUUGAUGUUGGUUAUAGAUACUAUGAUCGCCCGGAGAACCCAGAUCCACUGUUUCCAUUUGGGUUCGGCCUUUCUUAUACCGACUUCAGGGUCUUCGGAGUUCGCAUCACGGACACGUCGAUCUCAGAUCCAGAAGGCACGGUGGUAGUCUCUUGUCGGGUUCGGAACAUCGGGAUACGAAGGGGCGCAACUGUCAUUCAGUACUACGUCAGCCCGCCACGGGACCGGGUGAAGAGCCAACGACCAUUGAAAGAACUUAAAGAGUUCCGAAGAUUGAGCCUGCAGCCCGGCGAAGAGCAGGAUAUGUCUGUCACGUUGGAUAAAUACAGUGUCAGCAGUUACAAUGCUCAACAGCACUGCUGGGAGGUAAAGGAGGGUCAAUACAAAGUGCAUGUCGGGCUUUCAUCUACAGAGAUCUCUUCGACAGUUGGCUUCCAUGUUGGCCGAGGCUUCAAGUGGUGCGGUCUAUAG